AUGUCGAAACAACUUGCCACUAAAGCUGCUCGUAAGUCUGCACCAGCAACUGGUGGUGUUAAAAAGCCUCACCGUUAUAGACCUGGUACAGUUGCUUUACGUGAAAUUCGCCGCUACCAAAAGAGCACUGAACUUUUGAUCCGCAAAUUGCCUUUUCAACGUCUUGUGCGAGAAAUCGCCCAGGACUUUAAAACGGACUUGCGUUUCCAAUCUAGUGCAAUCGGUGCUUUGCAAGAAGCAUCUGAAGCGUAUUUAGUAAGUCUUUUUGAAGACACUAACUUAGCGGCUAUUCAUGCCAAACGUGUUACCAUUCAACCCAAGGAUAUUCAGUUGGCCCGCCGUCUUCGUGGUGAACGUUCCUAA